AUGCGCUUCCUACUCCUUGCGUGCUUCGCAUAUCUUCUGCUUGUCUCAACAACCAGUGCAGUCGCAAUCGCUGCAAAGCCGUUCCAUGCCAAUGCGACUGCUUUACACAAGCGAGCGCCGCCAAACACGGAUGCCAUGUACGUUACCGUGACGCAUGCCAGCUUUCCUCUUGAGUACCACUUGAUUGUCUCCCUUCGCUCUGCAUUCAUCACUAUCGGCGCGCAAGCCACACGCCGUUUCGAUCCAGAUGAGAGCGCCGAGGUCAUCACAGCCAAGGCGGGCGUCGAGCAAGAUGUGACUGGCUCAAAAUUCUAUGGCCAUUAUCUUCGCGAUUGGAUCUGCGUCUCGACCAGCGCCGGUCAUCCGCUCUACAUGUAUACGUUUCUGCUCAGUGUCAAAGAUACAUCUGAUGGGCCUUCCUGGCAUACGUACGUCCAUCUUCAUUCGUCCGGGACACCUCAUCGCAGAAGCUCAAACGACCUGCCGACCUGGGGCAUUGAGUUCACAAUCCAAAGUCUUGGGGUCUUUGACCGCAUAGCCAUGCUCGAGACGAGCACUGCUUAUCUUUGGUUGCCUACCACCGAAUUCCGCAGAUACAUCGCCAGUGUGCCGGGCGCGUUUUCAUUCAUCACGCCAGAGGGUGCCGAGCUAGCGUGUAUGCCGGCUGAGCUCAAUCCGCCUCCUAUCGUCUUCGGAUUCGCAAACCAUCUUUCUCCGACGGGCGAACUCGUUGUGGGCAAUUCAAUCUUGCGCAAGUUUAUCGUCGUCUUGGACCACGAACGUGAUGCUAUAGGCUUUGCGCUCCCGGUCGCUCGCGCUGAGCUCUGA